GCUCAGUCAAGAUAGGGUUCAGUGCAGGAAUAGAGGAACUGCUGCUGUCACUUAAAAAAGUCCAGUUGUCCAUCCAUCCAGCACCAUGGGAAAGAAGAGUCGAGUGAAGAUUCAGAAGUCCAGCUCAGGAGCCAGCACUGUGGUUUCCCCCAAGGAGAUGAUGAAUCUGAUCUCUGAGCUGCUGCAGAAAUGCAGCAGUGCAGCACCCUCUGCUGGUAAAGAGUGGGAGGAGUACAUCCAGAUCAGAGGCCUAGUGGACAAGAUUCGCAAAAAACAAAAGGGUAUGUCGGUAGUGUUUGACGGCAGCAGAAAGGACUACUUUCCAGACUUGUUGUCCUGGGCUCAGGAAAGCGGGGCGUCCUGUGACAGCUUCACUGUGGCCAACUUUGGAACCGAGGGCUACGGCUUGCGGGCCACCAGAGACAUCAAGGCAGAGGAACUAUUCCUGUGGAUUCCCAGGAAGAUGCUAAUGACUGUGGAGUCGGCCCAGAACUCUGUACUGGGUCCUCUGUACAGCCAGGACAGGAUUUUACAGGCCAUGGGCAACGUGACACUGGCCUUUCACCUUCUGUGUGAGAGGGCCGACCCCGCUUCACCCUGGUUGCCGUACAUCCGCAGUCUUCCUCAGGAGUACGACACACCGCUUUUCUAUCAGCAGGAAGAGGUGCAGGUGCUUCUGGGCACGCAGGCAGUUCAGGACGUGCUGAGCCAGUAUAAAAACACGGCACGCCAGUACGCUUACUUCUACAAACUGGUACAGACUCAUCCCGCCGCCAGCCAACUGCCCCUGAAGGACAGCUUCACAUUUGAUGACUACAGGUGGGCAGUGUCCUCUGUGAUGACCCGCCAGAACCAGAUCCCAACUGAAGACGGCAGCCGGAUCAUUUUGGCCCUGAUCCCCCUCUGGGACAUGUGUAACCACACCAAUGGACUGAUCACCACCGGCUACAACCUGGAGGAUGAUCGCUGCGAGUGUGUGGCACUGCAGGACUACAAGGAGAACGAACAGAUUUACAUCUUCUAUGGCACACGAUCCAAUGCCGAGUUUGUCAUCCACAACGGCUUCUUCUUCCAAGACAAUGCCCACGACAGAGUGAAGAUCAAGCUGGGUGUCAGUAAGAGCGAACGCCUCUACGCCAUGAAGGCCGAAGUGCUGGCACGAGCCGGCAUCCCAGCAUCCUGUAUCUUUGCUCUGCACAGUAAUGAACCCCCCAUUUCAGCCCAGCUCCUAGCCUUCCUCAGAGUCUUCUGCAUGACAGAGGGGGAACUGAAGGACUACCUGCUGGGAGAUGGAGCCGUCAAUAAGAUCGUCACUCUGGGUAACAGCGAGUUCCCCGUCAGCUGGGAAAAUGAGAUCAAGUUGUGGACUUUCCUGGAGACCCGAGCUGCCCUGCUGCUCAAGACCUACAAGACCACCUCACAGGAGGACUGCACCAUGCUGGAGAAACCUGAUCUAUCUCUCCAUUCCCGCGUGGCGAUCCAGCUUCGGCUGGCCGAGAAGCAGAUCCUCGAGACGGCGUCGGCCAGCGGACGUGCCAAACGCCUGCACUUUGAGAAGAAGCUGGAGGACGGCGCUCCGCUGCCUCGGUACGAGGAAAGCGAUAUCGCUUUGCUAGAGAAUACUGACGUGGAUGCAAAGCUUCCCAUCAUCCUACGCAAGCUUGAGGAGGUUGAAGAAGGCCAGGAGUUGCAGGUGGAGGAGCACAGUCACCUCCUCAAUGGGGAGAAGGAUGUGUAUGGUAUGGAGAUGGAGGCUAAUGGAGAGCCAGUACAGGAGGAGACUGAGGAGAAGGUCAGGAAAGAUGCUUUUUCAACUUUGGACUCAAUUGGCAGUUCAACCCAGAGCGGCCAAAGGGGCGGGGCCAGUCGAACUGAAGAUGAUCCCAAAGAGAACCGUGAAUAAAUUGAUUUAACUUACUGCCAUAGCCCAUGCUAUUUAUUUAUUUUUGCGUCUGUUAAAUGACUCAGAAAUAUAGAAGCUGAAAAAAUUCAAAAGAAAAUCAAAGUCACAGAAGUGUUCUGAUUGUAUGUUCAUCCAGCAUGGCUUUUCUUAGUUUAAUGCUGCUGAACUUAUUUAAAGAUGCUGCCAGUGUGAUCCUUUGCCUUCUGUGCAGAACAGCUGUUGCCUACUACGAGCUUCUUUCUUUGUUACAUUUGAAACUUUACAUUGAAACAGCUGGAAGCCUACAGGAUGGAAAUAAAGUGAUCGGGGGAGGGGGGAAACUGGUUCCAGCUAAUUGGUCAAUUCAAUCCAGUUUAUUUUAUAUAGCCCAAAAUCACAAAUUACUAAUUAUCCUCAGAGGGCUUUACAAUCUGUAAACAUACGACAUCCCUGACCUUUGACCUCACAUCAGAUCAGAAAAAACCCUUUCAGGUGUAGAGAGGUUAAAAACCUGAAUAUGUUUUCUCCACAAAGCCAAAAUGUCUCUUAUCUUGUGAAUUGGUUUAUUACUCCGGUUUGUCUCCCUCCAUGUCCCGCAUGCUUUGAGUUGACAAUCAUAUAUUCUCCAGUGCAUUUUGGGAUGUGUUGCUGAGUUAGGACUGUCACUGCCCUCUACUCCCCUUUGUGUCUAGAUGAAUUGAUUUCAAGAUAAAAGGAUCCGUUUAUGAGAACACUUUUUCUCAAUUGAUGCUAAAUGUAAUGGUUCAGCAUGAUGGGACAAAAUAGAAGCUGGCUUUUCCUUUGUUAAUGAAAAUGUUAGUUUUUACCAUCAAAAUGUACGGAAGAAACAUGGACUAAUGUUUUACUGUGUGUUUUAAGAAGUAUAUUAAUGAAUGUACCCAGUUUACGUUGCAGUGAUUAUUUGCAGAUGUGAUGAGUGACCCAGUGAUGCUGCACUGAGGACGCAGUGACACUUUUAGUGAGUUCUCUGGUUGGAAGCUGUAUUUCAACAUGACACUUUUUGUAUGAAAAAUACUGAGCAGUGUCGGUAAGAUCUUGUUUUAAUCAUGAUAACUUUAACUCUCGCACUGAAGAGCCACGACUGCCUGAGUCCCUGACAGCCAAUACAUCUUCGAGAGAAAUGUG